UACUCAAAACUUUUAUCAAACACUUGAUAAAAUAUUGAGAUGUAUCAGUAUUGUAUUGUAUUUGUAUGUGAUAAACGCCAACUUCAGUUUCACGUCAGUCUCUUAUAUGUCCAUUUAGUCUUUCUCUCCCUCCCUUCUUUGCAUUACAAUUCUAUAAAUACCACACCUUACCUAGUUACUCACCACCUUCAUUUUCCAUUAUUGCUCUUUCACUCAACCUCUCUUCCUUGCUCUAGAAAGCAUGGCAGAUAACAAUGUCAACCUCCCACCUGGCUUUCACUUUUAUCCCACAGAUGAAGAGCUUGUCGUCCAUUUCCUUCAAAGAAAGGCAAAUCUUCUACCUUGCCAUCCAGAUGUCAUCCCUGAUCUUGAACUCUACCCAUAUGAUCCUUGGGAACUUCAUGGUAGAGCUUUGGCAGAGGGAAAGCAAUGGUACUACUACAGCAGGAGGACACAAAAUAGGGUCACUGGGAAUGGUUAUUGGAUGCCAAUGGGAAUGGAAGAGCCAGUGAUUACAAGCUCAAGCAACAAGAGAGUUGGCAUGAAGAAAUAUUAUGUUUUCCAUGUGGGAGAAGCCCCUGAUGCUAACACCACCAAUUGGAUAAUGCAAGAGUAUCGUCUAUUAGAUUCUGCUUCCUCUAGCAGAUCAUCCAGAAGAAGACCACAACCAAAACCGGAUCACAGUAAAUGGGUGAUAUGUCGAGUUUAUGAGCGGGAUAACGAUGAUGAUGAUGGUGAUGGAACAGAGCUCUCUUGUUUGGAUGAAGUUUUCUUGUCAUUGGAUGAUCUUGAGGAAAUAAGUUUGCCAAAUUAAAUGAUGCAAGUGAUGUAGUUAGCUACAUUAUAUAUCCAAAUGGGAUAUUAAUUUAAGCUAAUUUUGUUGUUAUCAUGAUCAUUAUUAUUAUUGAUAUUUACUGGUUGUAGUUAAAGCCUUUAGCAGUUUAGGUUCCAUUGUAAUCAGUGAAGUCGCUAUAGCUAGAUUUCCACAUAGCAGCCUUUCAAGUGGGGCACUAGGUGAAACUCAUGGCCAAAACCAAACAAUAUGCAGUGUGACGUUAUGCUUUCAAAUAUCCCAUUCACUAGCACAGGUCAAUCUUGGAAAUUCCAUGCUCUUUAGUCCUUAUUCCAACACGUGGAUAAUCACAAUAUAUCUAGUAUCUACUCUCAGCCAUUAAUGUAGGACUCUUUAAUCCUGCAAAUCAAGAUAAGAUAUGCAAAAACCUCUAUUUCUUGUUUCUUUAACUUUACAUGUAUCAGCAAUUUACCAUAUAAUCUACACUUG